AUAGGAUAAAUCAUUAAGGUUUUUAAUGGUUCUUCAGAAAGAUUACAUUCAAAAUAUACAGCUUCUGCCGUAGACCACGGAUAUUUCCUUAAGCUAUGAAAACAAGUUUCGAUGUUUUAUCUUGAAACGCGCAUACAUUUGACAAUAUGGCGGGUGCUGAUAAUUUAUCUAGAUCGUUAAAAGGCGGUCAUGAACCGUUCUAUGAUUUUUCAUGUGUGCUGUGUGAGAAAGAAGGAAGGCACGUGGAAGCGGUCAAAUUCUGCGAUGAAUGUUCCGUCUAUAUGUGCAUUUCUUGUAUCAAGUACCACAACCGGUUUCCUCUCAACGCAAGACACAAACUACUCGACCAAAGCCAAUUUAUAACCAUCAGCAAGUCCUCACUAACCCGGUGUAUAAAUCAUCCUGGUGAACUAAUCAACAUCUUCUGCGGUGACCAUGGUGUUGUUUGUUGUAGUGUUUGCAAAACUGUCCAACACAGUACCUGUAAAAACAUGCAGAAUUUAGCCGACGCCGCCAAAGGCAUACAUCGAAGCUAUGAAUACCAAAGAACCAAGAACGUAACUCAGACACUCUUAUCAGACGUGUGCAAAUCCCUUAGUGACCGAAAAACAAACGUUUAUCGUGUCGCCAAAGAAAGAGAACAAGCUGAGCAAAUCAUCGCCGACUUUCGCAAGAAAGCCAACACGUAUUUCGAUAAGUUAGAACGGAACAGUCUCGAUGAGUUAAAGUUAAGAGAGAAUCGCAUCGUUAGCAGUUUGGAUCAGGAAACAGCGUUCCUCAAAAAUGUAAAGUCAAAGGCCGAAGAUAUCAUAAAGCAAAUGAAAGUCUCUGAGAGAAAUAAUGAAUGCGAACUUUUUGUUCUGGUGAAAAUGGGGAAACAAUAUGUUGAUGAAGCUAUGGAGAAGAUGAAGGAAAUAUCUGAAACAGAACAAAAAGGGUCUAUACAAUUUAAGAUCAAUCCUGAAAUUGAAGACUACUUUAGCUCAGUUGAUGUCUUUGGAACAUUUGCCGACACCGACAAAUCUGCCUCACCGCCAGAGUCAGAAUCCAAAGAAACCACUGACCCCGACUUUCAACAGUCCACUUUCAUUCCUGCACAUUGUGUCUAUCAACCUAGUCAAUAUUGUCGGUCCAAGGCAAAACUGCACAUGUCAGGGAAAUUUAACUUAAAGGAGAUAUCCGACUCUCAGGUUUGUCAUAUAGUAGAUAUAUGCCAGUUAGUUGAUGGAUCUAUUCUCGUCACUGAUAAAGAAAAUAUGAAACUAAAAAGGCUUGACAAAACAUAUACAUUUGUUGAUUCCAUUCGCCUGACAAGUGGACCUCACAGUGUAUGUGAGAUUGGCCCCAGAGAAGCAGCUGUUACACUAUUUAUAGACAAGAAAAUACAGUUUGUUUCUAUUGGAAACCAACUGGCCUUGAAAACCACAUUUAGUACAGGAAGUUACUGUAGAGGAUUGUCAUACAAAAAUGGUAAACUCUACGUGUGUUGCGGUGAUGUGCAUGAACCAUCUUCUGGUUGUAUAAAAGUGUUUAACAACGCUGGAGAGUUUCUAUAUUCUUUUCCACUAGCUUCAGUACCUAUUCGUAUCACUGCUUGCGAUUAUAGUCAACAUCUUUUUAUCACCAGCUGGAAGAGUGAUGACGUAUUUAUGUUGGACUAUUCUGGCAAUAUUAUUAGCACAUUCAGCGAUGAUGAUUUGAGAUUUCCGCUCGGAAUUUGUACAGAUGGGAAAGGCCGCGUGUUUGUCAAUGGUUACAGUAGUGACACCGUCGUGAAGAUAUCUCCUAGAAGCAAGAAGAUAGAAGUGCUCCUGGGCCAGGAUAAUAAUAUAAAGAAGCUAAAAGGUGUAUGCUGCGACAAGAUCCGUUCGAGACUUUUGGUCUCUUGUCUGAAUUCUAACGAACUUCUCGUCUUUUCGUUGGAAUAAUAUAUAGUAACGGGGAUAUAAAACAUUAUGAAAAUAGAGGAAAGUGACUUAACUGAAACAAUGCAUGCCUUAAAUUCUUCAUACAAAGUUAAGAGGAAGAUCAUGAUGUAAAUUCAUUGUAUGACUAACUGACUAAACAAUAAUCACAACAUUUCACUUCUUUUGUCAUAAUAUUCAGUUUUUAAGUCUCAGUUUAUGACAUUCAAAUAUCUGAGUUUGUGCCCACGAAUGCAUAGAACCCUUUUUAACCGCAAAAUUUUAAUUUAAGUAUAAGGGUAAACGGUAUAGGGCCAUUAUGGAUUAAAACUGAUUUACCUACUCGAAGCCAACACAUUCUGUAUAAAAAGUGUUUUAAGGUAUUGGACCCCUAAUAGUAAUGUUUAAAAAAUGGCAUUUGCUUGUCAUAUUCGGCUAAUGGUACUUUGCGGAACGGAACGGAACAAGUUAAGAGGCACCCCACGGGGUAUAAUCAAAGUGUAAAAUACAAUAUUUUCAGAUACUUAUCAGAUCACCAUCUCUGAUAAACAAUAGCCUAUUGCAUUCGAUUCAUUGUCCUGGUUAGUCACAUGUUAAUGAAAAAUGAAGACUGUUCUUCUUUUCACCUACAGUGUAAUUGUAGCUGUAAUCAUUAUAAUUGUAACUCUAUGUACUAUCUACAGAAUUUGAAACUGAACAUGCGUGCCAAUGAUUGCAAAACUUAAGAGCUGCAGAAGCAGUGCACGAAACUAGUCAGCUGGUUGUCUGUGGUACAAGCUGAAAUCACAUCAAGUAAAAUAUUUCUUGUUCCGUUCCGUUUCGCAAUAUAGCUAUUGGUUACAGCCGGACCGUUCUUCUUUUCACACACAGUUUGUGGGUGUAUACUUGUUACUCUGAUUCUAUUUACUAUCUACAAAUUUAGAAACGGGGAAUGUGUGCAAAUGCUUGCAAAACGUAUUUGCUGCUGAAUCAGUGCAUGAAACAAGUCAGUUGGUUGUCUGUGGUACAAGCUGAAAUCACAUUAAGUAAAAUAUUUCUUGUUGCGUUCCGUUCCGAAAAUACCAUUACCUAUAUAGCUAUGGUACUUUGCGGAACGGAACGGAACCAAGUCAGGUAUAAAGCUCACCUGCAUCUAAUGUAGAACUGACUAAUCUGAAUAUGUUAUAAACAUCACCAGAAGUUGAAUUAUAAUAUGUCAGAUGUAAUCAUUACUUGAAGAUUACAGCAAGACCAUUUUUCUUUUCACUUACAGAUUGUAGCUGUAUACUUGUUACUCUGAUUCCAUGUACUAUCUACAAAAUUAGAAACUGGGAAAGGGUGCAAAUGCUUGCAAAACGUAUUUGUUGCAGAAGCUGUGCAUGAACCUAGUCAGUUGGUUGUCUGUGGUACAAGCUCAAUCACAUCAAGUAAAAUAUUUCUUGUUCCGUUCCGUUCCGCAAAUUACCAAAUUGAAUACCUAUAUAACUAAUAGUACUUUACGGAACGGAACGGAACCAAGUCAGGAAUAAUGCUCAACAUCUAAUGUAGAAAUGGCUAAUCUGAAUAGGUUAUAAAUAACACAAGAAGUUAAAUCAUAAUGUGUCAGAUGUAAUCAUUACUAUAACCAUAUCUGACGGCCAGCGAUCGGGAAUCGAACCCAGACCGCUGGCGAUGUAGUCCAACCUGUUAACCACUGCGCCACUGACUCUCUCACUCUGAAUCUUCGAACACAUUUUCAUGAAAAAAAAUCUCCUUUGAAAUGUUUUGCUUAAUUAACACCCUUUAUUGCUUUUGUUGCUACUUCCAGUAACGGCCAUAACUCUACCUUCAAUAACUGUACCAUCUAUUGUUCUACCCACCCGCUUAGCUCAGUAGGUAAGAACGUUAGUCUACGGAUCGCGGGGUCGGGGCGUAUGUUCUAAGUGACAAUUUGAUAAACGACAUUGUGUCUAAAAUCAUUAGUCCUCCACCUCUGAUUCAUAUGGGGAAGUUAGCAGUUACUUGCGGAGAACAGGUUUGUACAGGUACAGAAUCCAGGAACACUGGUUAGGUUAACUGCCCGCCGUUACCUGACUGAAAUACUGCUAGAAAACGGCGUUAAACCCAAAACAAACAAACAAAAUAUAUUAUUCUUACACUGGCUAUGACUCUAUUAUCAGUAAACUACCAUCCAUAACUCUAUUAUCUAUAACUCUAACAUCCAUAACUUUGCUGUCCACAAGUUUUCCCAUAAUAACUCUAUCAACCUGUACUCAUAUUUCUGCUAUCUAUAUCAGUCUACUUUCCAGAGCUUUCCACCGAUGGCCGUAUCAGUAGGCAAGGGAUUAUGGCGCUACUCGGCACAAAUGUUUCCCAUACAAAAGCAGCGUAUUGCGCUCACUGAUUCAUACCUUCCAGAUCAAUGACAUACAUUCGACUUAAAUAAAUUUUGUUCCUUUGUACUAUCCCUGGCCUUUUUAAGGGAAAACUUUCAUUAUCAAAAGACAGAAGCUCAGGGUCACAGGAACCCCAUAAAAAUUGUGUUUAAUACAUUCAAUUAUAGUCUUAAUGUAAUUUACAAUAAUAUUUUUUUUUGUAAACUGAUUUACUCUAGUUUAACAGUCAACUAUGUGAAGUGUCAGUUUUGUCAUCAGUAUUAUCUCACUAAGUCAAAUGUUCAUCUAUUACUUCCCUUUAACAUAUGUUCCAAUGUUUUAUUACAAUUGUUUUUGUACUAAUUUCUCUGAAGUUGUACAGGAAAUUAAAAAACCUUAAAAACAGGUACUAAUUACGUAAAUGCACAUAAAGAUCUACACACAGUUCAUACCUUGUAUUUAUUAAUUUAUCAUAUUAAAUACGUCAUAUAGAACUUACCAUAUCGUACACAUAUAAAUGUUUCUAUUAUUUUUAAUAUACUGAUCUGAUGUCAUAUAGAACUUACCAUAUCGUACACAUGUAAAUGUUUCUAUUAUUUUUAAUAUACUGAUCUGAUGUCAUAUAGAACUUACC